CUUUCCCCAAUGCUCUUUAUUAAAUUAAGCAGGCCGCUUCGGGUGAUUGAUAGGUGAUCGAGCUACGAGCAGCUCGUGUGGAUGCAGGAGUGCUCGAGCCGCAUGCGGUUAGAGAGAAGGGCCCUGGCCGGCUCCCGGAUCGGGUAAGUGAUGUUACAAUGUGUGUAUCUAAUCUAUUAUGUGUAUCUGUGAUUACAUAAAAAUAAGCCUUAAGACCUAGUGCUCUCUGCUUUUCAUAAACCUGAUGUUCAUAUAGAUCAUUCAGGAUGAACAUUAGAAGCAGAAAUAAAAUGGACUUAGUGUAACUGUAACUCUAACUCUAGGAAGGGUUAAUGAAAGUCCCCAAACUUUAAAUUCCAAGGGUACUUCUUAAUACCUCAGUGUUUUUUUUGUUUGUUUUAAUAAAGUAUAAUAUCAGGUUUCUUUUGUUGCCAACUUAAGCACUGGACAUUAUUACAUAUAUGCGUGUGUGUGUGCAUAUAUAUAUAUUUUUUUAUAUAUAUAUAAAUAUAUAUAUAUAACUGCAACUGUAAUCCUAAACUACACUGCUGUUUCUGAAUAGACGAGCCCUAGAAGAAUGGUAAUAAACUUUGUACUAUCUGGAUUUUGGCCAAAGUAAAAUCAUUGUACUAUUGGCUUCAGUACAUGACGUCUCUAUUGGGCUGGGCAUACGUGGGAGAGCAGAAAAGAACAUUUCUUAAAGCAGAAAAGAAGGGCUUUAAGAAUCUUUAAAAGAGUAAAAUCACUGAAGAUAGAAAGUGAGUAUAUAUAUAUAUAUAUAUAUAUAUAUAUAUAUAUAUACAUACAAUAUAUAAUUUAAUUUGAGAGGAAGGGAAAAGACAAUUAAUGUUUUGACUUUGAUUUUAAACUACCUCUUUUCAGAUUUAAACCACACUCCUGGAGAGAAGAAAGACUGUUUAAACAUGGAGAUCCUUUCGAUGCAAUUGAUUUUACCUUCAUUCUGGAACGCUAUUCUUAUAGGGCUAGCACUCUUCCUGGUGUUGGAUGUGGUGAAGCACAGAUUAAGAAAACAGAGUUACCCUCCUGGCCCUUACCCAAUGCCCUUUGUUGGGAAUCUGUUCACUUUGGAUUUCAACAAUUUCCCAGAGACAUUGUUGAAGGUAAAUUUGCAAUAAUGCAAGUGCAAUGGUGGAAUGUUCAAAUUGUUUAAAUGAUGUAGCAUAUUUAAAGACUUUUACUAAACCGUAUAAAGGUAUUGAAAACAGAAUUUGCAAAAUGUAAAACAAAAUAGUCACUAGUUUGGAAUGCAGUUUUUUUCCCAACUUGUUUCUGCAAACAUUUUUUAGAAAGGAUGUUUAUAAAACCUUCUGAGAGACCAGAAUGUAGAUGUGAAAUUUAUUUAGAAAUCAGACUGGUCAGAAGAAGACCCUACUAAAUUCUGGAAAUUCACGAAAUUCCCUUGUUUUUUUCAAACUUAAAAAAAAAAAAGAGCGGUGGCUUUAACCCCUUAAGGACCAAACUUCUGGAAUAAAAGGGAAUCAUGACAUGUCACACAUGUCAUGUGUCCUUAAGGGGUUAAUAUUCUCUAGAAAACCAAGUCAAAUAAAUGUGCAAUAUCAAAUCAUACUAGUUAAAAUAAAUGAUAUUUUGCAUACUCUAAUACAUCCCCUUUCAAAUUUAUAAAUAAUUUAAUUUCUGGAAUGGAAAACCUUGUUGAGGGUACCUCAAUAAUUGGUGGAGACUUUAAUUGCAUUCCUAAUUCCAGUUUAGAUAGAAGUCAUAUACACUACAAAAUUACAAGUAUAAAUGGUGCCGACAAUAAAAUAAAUAAAAAUAUACAAUACUAAGUAGCAGCACCUUAUUAGUGUAUUUAGCUCUAAAAACACUAACAUUUAAAAAUGUUUAUAUUUGGUGGGAAAGUGGUGCAGCCUACCCAAAUUUUCUCACCAUGUGCAAGUCUUGUUACUAUGGUUGCAUAUCCUAGUGGGGAAACUUCUUAUUUAAUCACAUGUUACAUAGAGACUGGCCUGUGUUUAAAAAAAAAAAAAAAGUAAAUAAAGUGUCUUUAAGAGAAUUGUAUAUUUUACAAUCAUAAUGUAAUGGAUCUUUCGAGAUGUCGAAUGCACACAGCAUAGGUAAUGGAAUUGAUAUGUAUCUGGUUAAUUAGUAAGAAGAAAAUUGUUUUGUGAUUUCAGAUGAGGAACAAAUAUGGGAAUGUAUUCAGUCUACAGAUGUUUUCGGAGAACAUGAUUGUGUUAAAUGGUUAUGAUGCUGUAAAAGAAGCACUUGUCACAAAAUCAGAGGAUACCGCUGACAGACCCCCCACACCUAUUUUUGAUCAUCUUGGAUUUAAUAAUGGUAAGUUCCUUUGCUGUGAUUACUAAGAAUAGUUUUUGAUUUGGCAGUACCAAGAAAUGAGUCCACAUUAAAUGUUUGUCAUUUCACAGUUUGGUGAAAGAAUCUUCAAAAACUCUGCAGUCCAAAUGAUAAACUCAUAGAUGAGUUUGUUUCCAGAACGUAAAACCACGGUUAGCUUUGCUUAUACAUGAUUACCUUCGUAGAUAAGAAAAUAUAGAUUAUCCUUUUUAUGGAAAAAACAUUUUUAUCCUAUCAACUAUCUCAAACAGUAUACUUGAAAUUCAAAAUAAUCAUAAUACAAACAUAAACACCUACAGUGAGGGGGAAAAAAGUAUUCGACCCCUGCUGAUUUUUAAUGUUUGCCCACUGACAAAGAAAUGAUCAGUCUAUAAUUUUAAUGGUAGGUGUAUUUUAACAGUGAGAGACAGAAUAACCAAAAAAAAUUCCAGAAAAACGCAUGUCAAAAAAGUUAUAAAUUAAUUUGCAUGUCAAUGAGUGAAAUAAGUAUUUGACCCCUUCGACUUGGUAGCAAAACCCUUGUUGGCAAUCACAGAGGUCAGACAUUUCUUAUAGUUGGCCACCAGGUUUGCACACAUCUCCGGAAGGAUUUUGUCCCACUCCUCUUUGCAGAUCUUCUCUAAUUCAUUAAGGUUUCGAGGCUGACUUUUGGCAACUCGAACCUUCAGCUCCCUCCACACAUUUUCUAUGAGAUUAGGGUCUGGAGACUGGCUAGACCACUCCAGGACCUUAAUCUGCUUCUUCUUGAACCACUCCUUUGUUGCCUUGGCUGUGUGUUUUGGGUCAUUGUCAUGUUGGAAUACCCAUCCACGACCCGUUUUCAAUGCCCUGGCUGAGAGGAGGUGGUUCUCACCCAAUCUUUGACGGUAUAUGGCCCCAUCCAUCGUCCAUUUGAUGCAGUGCAGUCGUCCUGUCCCCUUAGCAGAAAAACACCCUCAAAGCAUAAUGUUUUCACCUCUAUGUUUGAUGGUGGGAAUGGUGUUCUUGGGGUCAUGGGCAGCAUUCCUCCUCCUCCUAACAAGGCGAGUUCAUGCCAAAGAGCUUGUUUUUGGUCUCAUCUGACCACAACAUUUUCACUCUGUCCACCUCUGAAUCAUUCAUAUGCAGGGCCGGACUGGGAAUGAAAAGCAGUCCUGGCGGAAAAAACAAAACCUAGAACGGAAAACUGUCACUCAAACGUGAAAUAAAGCACUCUUAGGGUUUCAAAAUAAACAAAAGAACGGAUUUAUUGUAAGCAGACGUGCAUUUGCAUAUAAUCAAUGUUUUAGUCCAACUACCUUGAUAUAUUAAGAAAAGUUUGGAAAUGGGACUGAAAUGGUGAAUGUAUACUAUUGCACAGCAGUAAAAAUGUUAUAUUGUUUAUUUUGAAGUAAUAAGUGUUCUCUUCACUUUGGCUGACAACUGGAUGAUCUCAUAAGAAAGAAUUGGCAAAAUGUGUGGCAAAAUGCUGCGCUUCACCCCACUCAUCAGCAUUUCCUCAUAGAGAUGCAUUGCAUCAAUGCAAUUCCAUGGGGAGCGCUCAGUGCCUCCAUGCAGAGCGUGGAGACACUCAACAUAGGUGCUGCACACUGUGCAGCACUGGACUAGGAAGCAGUUCUAGUGGCAGCAUUUACAGUGCUCAGCCUACAGGGACAGGCUACAGACACCAGAACCACUACAUUAAACUGUAGUAGUUCUGGUGACUAUAGUAUCCCUUUAAUACAACGUUUUUGUCUCACCGAUCGACUCUGAGUUACAGGUAGAGCAGGAGACACAAAUGAAGCUGCAUUUUGUUUGUGUCUUUCUCCCCCAAGCUACCUUCAUGUGUAUCUUUUGCCCAGCCCCCUUGUCUCUUUCUCCCCUUCCCCAGCCAUUCUGUGAGUCUCUUUCCCAGGCUCUAGCACCUGUAUGUGUCUCCUGUUCCCCUUUCCCAACGCCUCUGUCUCUUUCUCCCCACACGCCUCCAUGCAUCUCAUUCCACCCUCUCCAGCCUUCCAUGUGUCUUAGUAGCCAACACGUGUGUCCCAUUAGCCCUCCCAGCCCUCCAUGUGUCCAUAUAGCCCUCCAUGUGUCCAUAUAACCCUCCCAGCUCUCCAUGUGUUUCAACAUCUCCUCUCCCAGCCCUCCAUGUGUUUCUAUAGCCCCUCUCCCAGCCUUCCAUGUGUUUCUAUAGCCCCUCUCCCAGACCUCCAUGUAUUCCUAUACCCCUCUCUAUAUGUGCCUCAUUAGCCCUCUCAUGUGCCUCACUAGUACCCACACGUGUCCCAUGAGCCCCCCCAUGUGUGUCUGUAGCCCCUCAGACCUCCAUGUGUCCCACUAGCCCUUCCUCCCAGUGCUUCAUGUGUUCCUAAAGCCCCCUCUCAUCCCCCAUGUGUCCCUCAGCCCUGUAUGUGUCUUAUUAGCCCAGGUGUCUCAGUAGCACCCACAUUUGUCCCAUGAGUCCCCCCAUGUGUCCCAUGACCCCCCCAGCCCCCCAUGUGUUAUAUUAUCCCUCCCUCCCAGCCUUCCAUGUGUCCUUAUACCUCUCCCAGCCCUCCAUGUGUCCUUAUACCCCCCUCACAGCCCUCCAUAUGUCCUUAUACCACCUUCCCAGUCCCAUUAGUCCCUCCCCCCCCGCUCUCCCUAUACCUUACUGUAGCGUGGCCGAGCAGGCAGACUGGGGUAGAGGAGCUUCUGUUCCCCUACCUGGUCUGGGAAGCAGUUCUGUGCUCUCUGUGAGCACUUCCUGACAGACCGGGUAGGGGAACAGAAGCUCCUCUACUGCAGUCUGCCUGCUCAGCCACACUAAAUUCUGUGACCACCAGGAGAGGAGCACAACCCCUCCUGCCGGUUACCCUUAAAUUGCGCUGUGCGGCCUGCGGACCGGUGCGCAGUAGGCGUCCGCGCACCGGCCCAGUAGUAUGCCAGCCCACCAGGAAAUUUCCUAGUAUCCCUGUGGUCCAGUCAAGCCCUAUUCAGAUGUUAACUGGAAAACGUCAGAUGUGGCCUGUACAUGUGCUUUCUUGAGCAGGGGGACCUUGCAGACACUGCAGGAUUUUAGUCAUUUCCGGCAUAGUGUGUUACCAAUUGUUUUCUUGGUGACUAUGGUCCUAGUUGCCUUGAAAUCAUUAACAAGAUCCCCCCCCCCCGUGCAGGGCUGGAUUAACAUAGGGGCUGAUGGAGCUGCAGCUCCAGGCCCAGGCCCAGGCCCAGGCCCAUGGAAUAGGCCCAUUUUUUUAUUUUAUUUUUUACACAUACUCCACUACUCUGCCACCUGACUGGUAUUUUACUGGCACCGUUGGUAUUUGAGGCUGCCUGGCUGUGCCGGUAUUGCAGUAAUACAAAUGCAGGUAUUUUUCUCAGUAUAAACGGAGAUUACUCUGCAAUACCAACACCAGCCAGUAGGGGUCACAGUGUGUGGACAGAGGCAGGGAUAGGAAGUUACAACAUAUCCCUUCCUCUCUCUGCUACUCACUGAUCUGUGGGGGAGCAGCUACACAGCACAGAGAGUCCAGACAGCAGCUCUACAGCUCAGGUAAGUGAGGGAUGGGGGAAAGGCAGCAGGGAGACAUGGGGACACUGAGACACUAGGGGACACUUGGGGACACUGGAAAACAUGGGAACACUGAGACACUAGGGGACACUGUGAGACAUGGGGAUGCUGUGAGACUGUCCCAUGUCUCCCUGUGUCCCCAUGUCCCCCCAGCAGGGUCCCUAGUGGCUCAGUGUCCACAUGGCUCCCAGUUUCCCCUAGUCUCCCAGUGCCUGUGUCCCCAUGUCUCUCAGUGUCCCCAUGUCUCUGUGUCCCCAUGUCUCCCAGCCAGUGUCCUCAGUGCCUCCAUGUCUCCCAGUGUCCCCAAGUCUCCCAGUGUCUGUGUUCCCAUGUCUCCCAGUGUCCCCAAAUGUCUGUGUCCCCAUGUCUCCCAGUGUCCCCAUGUCUAUGUCCAUAAGUGUCCCCAUGUCUCCCAGUGUCCCCAAGUGUCUGUCUCCCAGCCAGUGUCCCUAGUGUCUCAGGGUCCCCAUGUCUUCCAGUGUCCCCUAGUCUUCCAGUGUCCCCUAGUCUCCCAGUGUCUGUGUUCCCAUGUCUCUUAGUGUCCCUAGUGUCUUAGUGUCCCCAAAUGUUUCAGUGUCCUCAUGUCUCCCAGUGUCUUUGUCCCCAUGUCUCUGUGUCCCUAGUGUCUCAGUGUCCCUAUUUCUCCCAGUGUCCCCAAAUAUCUCAGUGUCCCCAUGUCUCCCAGUGCCUCCAUGUCGAAAAAGAAAAGAGGGAGUAGUAUACCCGUUAUUAGGUACUGUGAAUGUGCCUCCGUGUCUUCCAGUGUCCCCAUGUCUGUAUUCACAAGUGCCCCCAUGUCUCCCAGUGUCCCCAAGCAUCUCAGUGCCCCCAUGUCUCCCAGUGUUCCCGGGUCACUGUGUCCCUUAGUAUCCUAGUGACAUGGGGACACACUGAGACAUGGGGACACUGGGAGAAAUUGGGACACUGGGAGACAAGGGACUGGGUGACAUGGGGACACUGACACUGUGAUACAUGGGGACACUGGGAGAAAUGGGCAGACUUGCAAGACUGAGACACUGGGAGCAAUUCAUCUAUACAGCAGAAUCAAACUGUGAGUAGUUUGUUGGGGAUUUUACAGAAUUUUCUCUUAUGUCACUCCUUGUGAUUUACAUUAUGUGAUGUCACUCAUAACUAAUUAAAUAUACAAAGGCUGGUAUUUUUUUCCAAGAAAGUUGGCAACCCUAACUACUCUUCACAUACUCUUGUUUAAAGGAACACUAUAUGGCCAGGAACACAAUCAUGUAUUUCUAACCCUAUUAUGUAAAAAACACAUUCUAGCCCCCCUGACCCUCUCAUGCCUCCCUAAAUAUAGUAAAAUCUUAAUUGUAUUCAGGUCUGCAGCUGCUGGCUCUGCCUCUCAACUGACUGUGUCUGCUGACAUAAUCAGAAGUAGUGGUCUGAGCAAAUUACAAUGCUUCCCCAUAAGAUUGGCUGAAACUGUCAACUAGGCAGAUCAGGGGCAGAGUCAGCACAAGUCAAACAUAGCCCUGGCCAAUCAGCAUCUCCUCAUAAAGAUUCAUUUAAUCAAUGCAUCUUUAUGAGGAAAGUUCAGUGUCUGCAUGCAGAGGGUGGCGAUACCUAUUGGCAGUGUUGCACACUAGGUAGUAUUGCCCCAGGAAGCACCUCUAGCAGCCAUCUAAGGAGUGGCCAGUGGAGUUACUUUCUCUGAAAAGACAGUGUUUUCUGCAAAAAGCCUGAAGGGAAUGAUUCUACUUACCAGAACAAAUACAAUAAGCUGUAGUUGUUCUGGUGACUAUAGUGUCCCUUUAAGUUUGGAAGCUUAAGAGGGAUGUAUGGCAACAAAACCUGUGUGGACUGGACAAUAAAAUUAGUUUAGGUAAUGCAGACUUUGGUUUCUCUAACACUGUGGAAUAUCCCCUUUCUUAUACACUCACUACAUAUACUACACUCACUACAUACACCUUUACUCUGUCCCAGACUAGGUACCAGGAACUUCUGAUUGCUAGUAAGACGACAAGGAGACAAGUGGACAUGUGAGUGAUGGGGACAGUCCUUAGAAAGCGUGGAGUAGAAGCAUCAUUUGAUGCAUUUAUGUCAAGUUCAGGGUGCUGCCUGCAUAGUAUGCCCUUAGUUGGACAGCCUGCAUGAUUGGCAGACAGCCUGACAUGCAUUCAUACCAGACUGGCCUUCCAAUUCUUUGGACAAACAUGCCCCCUUUUUUGGCAUUUUCACCCCUUUUGGCAGGUCUGGUCACGUGCUUCGCGUCAGUAGCACACCCUUUUACCUUCCCAUUGACUUCCUGCUUCACUGGACACUGCUGUUGGGGGGUAUGGAUUUACUUGAAAGAUGAAAGCAUAAAUUAGAAAUUAGCAUAGAGGUAUGGUUGUUUCAGUGUUUUUGGUUGAUCAGAUUCUGUAAUUAGGCCCAGGCCCACUGGGGUCUUAAUCUGGCCCUGCCCCCGUGUAGGGCUGGGCUGAUUCCUCACCGUUUUCAUGAUCACUAAAACUCCACGAGGUGAGAUCUUGCAAGGAGCACCAGACCGAGGGAGUGUCAGGAAUCUUACCUGAUGUGGACUCCAGCAUGCAGAGAUAUACGCUCACCCUUGCAAAUAAACACAGACCAAGGUAAGCAGAUAAGAAGCCACCCGGCCUGUGAGACUGAGCCAUGGGGUUGUGCAGGAUAUAGCCCCAAGUCGCAGUACAGGCAAGGACAUAAGCAGAAGGAUUAUAAUGGAGAAGCCAAAGUCAGAGGAUGCCAGAGUUCAGGAUAAACACGGGUAAGCCAGGGUCAGAGGAUGCCAGAGAUCAUGAUAAAUGAAUAUAAGCCAAGGUCAGGAGCCGUCUGGAGAACACUGGAUCAAGAACACAAAUAUAGGAACCAGAGUCAAUGAACUGAUGCUGCCCUCAGAGAGAGGUAGUGUUUUAAACCUAGCUAAUUAGGCAUCUGCUUCAGGUGGACUGAGAUGGACAGGAGCAGUCACAGGAAAAGUCCAACCCCCUAGUGCUGGAGACACAGUCAGAUAGAACAGGGCUAGAAAUAAUCAGAGGAAUAGGAGCUGCUGUGGCUUAUAGUAAGUAAACCAGGCCCAGGACCGCAAAGUACCCAAGUUUCAAAUCCCCUGUUGGGAACUUCUAGGGCGACCACGCCUGGCUGUCUGGAUGUCACGGUGAGAACUGUGACAGAGAGACUGACAGUUAUUUUGUGUUUCUUCCAUUUGCGAAUAAUAGCACCAACUGUUUCACCUUCUCACCAACUUGCUUGGCGAUGGUCUUGUAGCACUUUCCAGCCUUGUGUAGGUCUAUAAUUAUGUCCCUGACAUCCUUAGACAGCUCUUUGGUCUUGACCAUGGAUGGUGGAGAGUUUGGAAUCUGAUUGAUUUGCUUCUGUGGACAGACAUCUUUUAUACAGGUAACGAGCUGAGAUUAGGAGCACUCCCUUUAAGAGAGUGCUCCUAAUCUCAGCUCGUUACCUGUAUAAAAGACACCUAGGAGCCAGAAAUAUUGCUGAUUGAUAGGGGAUCAAUACAUAUUUCACUCAUUGACAUGCAAAUCAAUUUAUAACUUUUUUAAAAAUGGGUUUUUCUGGAUUUUUUAUGUUUUGUUAUUAUGUCUCUCACUGUUAAAAUACACCUACCAUUAAAAUUAUAAACGGAUCAUUUCUUUGUCAGUGGACAAACAUUCAAAAUCAGCAGGGGAUGAAAUACUUUUUUCCCCUCACUGUAUUCCUUAUAAUGCUGGUGAGAGGGCAGUUCAAUGCAAGGUAGAUCCGGUUCCACUGUUGUCACCUCCUAUUAAACAUUUUCAAUGUCUCAUUGAGAAUGUAAAGUGUGUAAACUUUAGUGUUUGUAGACCGGUCUGCACAAGAUAAAUUAAUCAUGCUCUUUUGUUUUUAUGCAAAGGAUUAUUUGAAAUUAAUUUUGCUUUGUAUUAAGUUUUAUAUGUACACAACGUGAAGGCAUUAUAACUGGAGUUUUGGGAAGGUUUUUUUGCCGGCCUAUAUCUACCCCCCUCCUCCCAAUUCUCCCCCCCUCCCCCCGAUGUUCGGCAUACAUUUUGGAAUCCCACCCAACUCUUCCUUUUUUUAUGCUCAUUUAAUGGGCCCUGUUUUUUUAGACCUACCCGCUCGUUGGUUUCAGCACACCACAACCUACUUGUUACUGGCAUAACUCAAUUCUUACUCUAAAUUAAAUAAAAUCCUUUCAAAAGUCUGGCUAUAUUAAUUAUAACAUAUUUCUCUUUAGAUGAUAACAUUAAUCUUAAACUAGAAGAAUAAGAAAUGUCCUUUCAUUAUAUUUAUCUAAUGUCCAUUUACAGAUGAAUUACUCAUUUAAAUAAGAAAAUGUAUUAUUACAAAAUGUCUUCUUAUACCUUCAAUGUAGCAAGGCAGAACUUACAGAAUUACUUUAGCAAUGUUACAUAUUGAUAUAAGGGGGUCUACAUAUGCUGGAAUACAGCAUAUAUAUGUGUGUGUUUUUUUUGUUUUGUUUUUUUUUUAAAUAAGGUGAUAUCAGCCUUUUUUUUUUUUCUGAUGUACUGAAGUUAUCCAAUAUGGUGUAAUAUAUGACUCAUUCCCAAAGUGUUACUCCUGUCUAGGUGUUGUUUUUUGUAACUAUAACCAGCACUGGAAAGAACGAAGACGAUUUACACUUAGUACAUUAAGAGAUUUUGGGAUGGGGAAGAAAUCAGUUGAAGAGCGUGUCAGAGAGGAAGCUGGUUUUCUAUGCUCUGCUUUCAGUGCAGAGAAAGGUAAGACUAAUUAAAUAAAAAGAAAAAUAAACAAAAACCUUUUUUACAUUAUUAUAUAAUUAUAUGAUCACAUCCCUCACCAAAAUAGAAAUAUAAAACACUAGAAUAUGCAGAUAUAUUAUACGUGUGUGUGUAUGUAAAACUAAGACUUGUAGAAUUCCAAGCUAUCUGUCUUUUUUCUCCCCUGGAAGUUUGAUUGUAGGAAUUGAGAUGUGUAAUACCUCUAGGGAUGAAAUAUUUGUAGUGAGAGAGAGUCAAAUACUGGAAGCCGGGUCAAUGGAAUUUCGGCUCUGAAUUGUGCCGCUGUUUUAAUAAGGGAUCAUCAUUGAUCUCUAUAUUGUAACUCUCCUAUGCCCUAAGGCAGGGGUUCCCAACCCAGUCCUCAAGUACCCCCUACCAGUCCAGGUUUUAGGGAUUACCCUGUUGUGUCUAAAGUGGUUUUUAUUUUAUUUUUUUCUUUCAUUCUAAAAACACAUUAGACACAACUGGGUUAUCCCUAAAUCCUGGUCUGUUAGAGGUUACUUGAGGACCCUAAGGCAACCAUGUGUGGCAGAUAUGUGGCCAGUGUCAUUAAAUGUUAAAUCAGCCUGGAGCUUAUUUAUACUAUUACACUAUGGUAUUUAACUACUGGCCUUAUGUAGCUUUUUAACUUGGUUUAUAGCUGUUACUCCUCCAGGACGUGUUCCCAAGAAUGUCCCUUUUUGUACCAUUUUUAAAUGGAGAAUCAGAAGAAAGCCCUUUUUGUCCUUAAAAAUAAAUAAAGCUGGGUGCACUUAAAGAGAAAACAGGAAGUUACAGUUAAACAAACAUAUAGCAAAGGUGCCAAAAUGGCUUUAAUCAGGAAUGCACAGAAUCUCAGAAAAAUAUGUCACUGUGGAGGAAAUGGUCAGACAUUUAGCUAUGUCCAGAGUGAACAGGAGAGAAGAAUUUGUUGCAUAACACACAUAGUUACAUCUAAGUUUAAAUUGUAUUAAAAAAAUAAAUAAAAAAUAUUUGUAUAGCUAUCAGAUGAGCUAGGAAUAAUCCUGGUCUUGAACAUUUUUUAUUUUUUUAAUUGAGAAAGUGAUACGCAUUUUAUACACAACAAUUUAAAAAAAAUUCUUUGUCUCUCUCUCUUUUUUACUGUCUCGCUUUCUCUCUCUCUUUCUUCUUAUUGUAUCUCUGUAAGAAUAUAAUAUGUGUCUACAAAAUGAUUAACAAUAUUGUUGACUUGCUCCUCAGGAUGUGCGUUUGACCCUCUCCUGCUGCUUAAUAAUGCUGUGAGCAAUGUUAUCUGUUCGGUUAUUUUCGGAGAACGAUUUGAUUACAGUGACAAAACAUUUCGGAAAAUUCUUGCUCUGUUAAGGGAAACAUUUGAACGUUCAAAUGGUGUUAUGCCCCAGGUGAUAUGGCUAAAUAUUAUUAACAUUGUGAUUUUACUCAUGUCAUGUACCAUAGUGGGUUUUUAUUUUUUAUAUGUUGUAUCCUAUGUGUUUUUUAGUUGUAUAAAAUCUUCCCCUGGCUCAUAAAGAUUCCUGGUCCUCAUCAAAAACUAUUCACUCUGCAAAGAGCUUAUAUUGAAUGUCUAAAUGAAAUAAUCAGCCGACAUAGAGAGACCUGGGACACCAACAUAAGAAGAGACUUCAUUGAUGCGUUUUUUGAAGAAAUGGAGAAAGUAAGGACAUAUAUCUUAUGUGCUAAGUAUUUUAAAAAUUAAUUGGCAAUCCAUAUUGAUUCAAAAUUAGCAGUAAAAUGUAAAAAAAGGUAUCCGAAAAGUGAAUACCUCAUUCUAAAAGUUGGAGAGGGAAACUAUGUGGUAAUGAGAAGGAAAUAAAUAAAUAAUUAAAACUUAAUCAAUUUAAAAAAUGAUCCUAUGCACUGUACUCUACCGGUAUCUUAAGCCUCCACCCUGAGCUGCAAUAAAAUAGCUAACUCAAGUUUUACAAGGAAGUUAAUCCUCGUUCUAUACCAGGAGUGUUGCCCAGGAGAAAAAAGGUACUCUUAUAGUAUAAAAAAUAAGUAGGCAUAAAACACUCAGAAGAAAACAUAAAAACUAUAAAGGAGGUAAGGUGUGUACACUGUAGUAUCAAUCUUAUAACAUAGGUACAAAUAUCUUCUUAGUGAAUGGAUUAUUAGACCACUUAAAAGGGUCCAAUAGAAAAUUGCAGCAACAAUCUAGAAAAGAGAAUAAAAAGGAGCCAUAGUGUUCUCUGUAUAUUUUAUUGAAAUACUAUUAAAAGAUAAAAAAAACACUCAGAUUCCCAUCUGAUAUCAGGCACGUAGCAAGUCCUUCUUUGGUGUAAGCGGACGUCCCAUCGUCUCCUCUACUCUCGCCGGCCAUAAGAAAAGUUGAGCCUGUGUGUACAUAUCAAAACGCUGCAUGCAUUCCACAAUAGGGCUGCUCCUGCAUUCCACUGCGCCAUAAUCUUUGGUAUCUGUUUUACGGCAGAUGCAAAACGGCCUUACGCGUUUCGUGAAGGCACCUUCACUUCAUCAGAGGCCCGGCGGGGAGUAGAGGAGAGAAUGGGAAAUUCGCUCACACCAAAUAAGGACUUGCUUAUACAUUAUUUCAACGUGCCUGAUAUCAGAUGGGAAUAUUUGAGUAUUUUUAAUCUUUAAUAGUAUUUCAAUAAAAUAUACAGAGAGCACUAUGGCUUCUUUUUAUUCUCUUUUCUAGAUUGUUGCUGCAAUUUUCUAUUGGACCCUGUUUAGUGGUCAGUGCCUGAUUGAACACCUCCGCCCUGCAACAACCAAUCAGCGCUCACUUGUGCCGACCAAUCCGGAAAAUCGCGCAAACCUAGUUUGAAUAGGAGCUCCUUUUCCGAUUGGUCGGCACGGAUUUCCAGAUGGCCAGCAGGACUCUGCGGCUGUGAAGCUGACUCACAGCUCUAGGGUUUCCGCUGGGGCUCAUGCUUCUCUCCGGUGGCUAUCUCCACUUAAGUAGCCCCGGGAGAGUGCUCUCUGGGCAGCUACGAGCCUGGCCUUGUAGCGCUUGGGUAGGGAGAACAGUGAUUAUAGCUCCAUUAGGAGCAGGUAGGGCCAUCCGAUCCGCCAGUACCCCAUGGAAUCUCGGUGCAAAGACCCCGCAAGGGAAGUGUCUCCUUUCGGGAUAUGAGUGCUCCCCCUGGGUGGCGUUCAUCUAUAUGAAAUAGCGGCCACCCAGGGGAUCACUCAUUAAUUCCUUCCCUUGCAGUUACACACUUACAUUGCAGGUGCGAACGUUCUGGUUGAUUUGGUGUGAACAUUGUAAUGGGGUACCGGGGUGGUUCUCGUUCGGUAGACGAACGGGUUCCAUUCGUAGGAACGCUCCUGAAUGGGGAAACAGGCACAAUACACAAAAUACAAGUGGGAACACAUACUACAAGGGGAAUAACACACGAAUAAGCAGUGGGCAUGGUACUUGGUGAUGGCGGUCCAUCACAAAGUCAUCUGACCAGAAUUUCCAUCUAAUGGCUCUACGUCACACUCUGGACAACCCAAUUGACCCUUUCCUAAAACACAAUGGAAUGCAUUCCACCUAAUGGAAUAAGAGGAAGAGUGGGGAAUAGGCAAGCAGCCAGUUGAUGUGUGUUUAUAGUAGAGCGAUGGACCACAUAUUUGCAGAGAAGUAUUGGUUCUCCUUUAAAAUAAAGUAAACUGGAUAUAUGGAUUUUUUCCCACUCUAAGACUUUUAUUUUAUUUAUUGCAUAUUUCCACAAUUUGUGAACCCCUUUUAAAAAUAUUUAAUACAAAUGUUUUGAAGUGCUAUCUUGGACUGUGUGCGUAUGUUUUAGUCUUUAUUGUUUACAAGCUGAUAUUCUAAUUUAUACAUCCAUAUUUAGAAUUAAAAAAAAAAAAACUGAAUUAGUCUGAGACUACAUAGUAUUUGUUUUCUGUGUCCUCAGAAUAAAAAUGACUCCCAAAGUAGCUUCAACGAUCUCUCCCUUAUGUGCACAAUUUCUGAUCUUUUUAUUGGUGGAACAGAAACAACAUCCAACACAUUACGAUGGGCUCUUUUAAUGAUGCUUCUGCAUCCACACAUUCAAUGUAAGUAAUGACCUAGUUGUGUCUGCCUUUGUCUAUUAUAUAUUUUAUUACACAAUAUGGCCAAAAGAGUGUGGACACUUGAAUCUAACACUUAUGCGAGCUUUUUGGACUUCCAAAUUUGUCAAACCAUGUCUUCAUGGACCUCACUUUGUGUACGGGGGCACAGCCAUGCUGGAACAGAAAGAUGUGUUUAUAUCUUUGUAUCAUGUAGCAUUAAGAUGACCCUUAUUAAAACUAAAGGGUUCCUAAAAAAAAAUAAAAAAAAAAUGUAAUCAUUACAGUAGGCACUAUACAUUCUGGUAGGAAUUGUGCUUCUGCCAUCUACCACACCCAUAUUCCUACCUCAGACUGCAAGAUAGUAAAGUGUGAUUCAUCAGUCCAGAGAACAAGUUUUCACUGCUUCAGAGUCCAAUGGUGGUGUGCUUAAAACAAGUACUCCUCAACCUUUUCUCAACCAAGCACAGCACUAGCAAAUAUAUAUAUUAGACCUAAUAAAGUGCAUGCACAGAACAGUGUUGCUUUGCCCCUCAGAACAUGCCACCGUCUGUUUGCCCAUUAAACAUAUGCCAAGCAAGGAACCCAUUAAACAAUACUGCUGUAAGUUUGUCCAUUAAUGAAUACUACAGUACGUUUCCCAUGUGUGUGCAUGAGGUUUUGAUUUUGAAUGAAGGGGUCCAAUUAUGUAUAGUUUUGUUGUUUGAUUUAGGGGUAUGUUUGUAUACAAUGUUAAAAUUUUUAAUACAGGGGUGCGUUUUGAGUGUAGUAUUUGUGUUUGAUUGUAACAGUGUGUUUGUAUGUAUUAUUGAUGUUUGUGUAUGAAUGCUGGAAUAUAUGCAGCUACAAGCGAACACACAGAUACACAUACACAUUGACACUCUCAUACACAUUCCCACACACACACAGAUACACAAGUUGCAAAAUAUGUAUUUUUAGACUUUUCCCUCUCCCCUCCCAUCCCCCCCCCACCGCUUCCAGCAGCACUCCAGAAAUAUAAAAAGGCAAACAUUAAACAUCAAAAUUAAAUUCUAUAUGUAGUGACAUGAGAAAUUAAACUCUCCAGUUUUGUUAUAUGAAAAGGUAAAGUAAAGAAAUAUUAUAUAAGAAACUUAUAAUGAGGUACAGGAAGAACAGCUGUUAGAGCAAAAUGGGAAAGCUGAACAUUUGGAUAACAUUUUAAUUAUUGGAGAUUUUAAUUAACUGGACAUAAAUCGGAAUAGAGCGACUAGUAGUUCAGCUAGGGUAAUUGGCAAAUUACACCUUCAUAUCAAAAAUGGUAAUAACAUCAACUAGAAUAUAUGCGUGUGUGUUGAUCUGGUUUUAAUGAACAAUGUUGAGCUUUUGUCAAACAUUCAAGUAGGGGAGCAUUUGAUAAAUAGUGAUCACAACAUGGUGUCUUAGAGCAAAUAUGAGAGAGGUACACUUCUCAGUAUAUACCAUUUGGGGAAUAAAUCUAAAAGAAACAAACUGAAACUAAUGUGGCUUAGUAGGAUGGUAAACCAAAAAUAAGAAAAUGGCAUUUAAAUAGGGUAAAUCAGAGGCACACUAUAUAAGAUAUAAGGUAGUAAAUAAUGCCUGCAAAAAAGCUAUUAAAUGGACUAAAAAAAAGCAAUUGCCAAAUAUAGCACAAAUAACCCUCCAAAAUUCACAAAGUGAAAGUAUAGAUUUACUGAAGAUAUGGAAAGGGGAGAAAUUGUACAUUUUUCUUCAGCAUAUAUCAAGGAGGUAUCUUUGGCAAGAUAUAUGCAAAUCAUUGCUGCAAAAAAAAGAAAAUUAUAGAAAUAUUUUGAUAGGAUGACUCAAGACUGUUAUGGCCUCAAUUUAAUAAACUUUCCAAAUAAUUCAAUACUGUUAGAAAAGUUUUCAAGCGUUUGCAGAAGUCACCAUUAAAGGAACACUAUAGGGUUAAAACCACUAUUUAGGUUGCUUGCCCCCCAUUAGUUCCGUAGAAAUGGUUAAAACAUACAUUUUUUCAAAUGCUGUACUUGUCUGCUGGCGCUGGCCCUGAUCCGCCUCUUUGGCUGACAUUAUCAGAAUUGAGGAUCUCACCCAAUCCAAUGCUUCCCAUAGGUAAAGGAUUGUAUUGGCUGAGAUCGCCAAGGAGGCCAAACGCCGGCCAGGCAAAUCAGCAUCUCCUCACAGAGAUUCCUGCCCCAGGAAGCAGCUCCAGUGGCCAUCUGAGAUGUGGCCACUGGAUGUGUUCCUAGGCUUUAAUGUAAACACUGCAUUUUCUCUGAAAAGACAAUGUUUGCAUGAAAAUGCCUGCAGGGACAUUAUACUCACCAGAAAAACUACAUUAAGUUGUAAUUUUUCUGGUGACUACAGUGGCCCUUUAAAGUCUAUGGAUAUAUUUGGAGCUUAUUAAAUUGAAGCCCAUGUAACAAAAAAAUAUAUAAAAAGACAAAAUUCCAAAUUAGCAAACUUAUUAUACUUUAUGCAGCCGGUCAUAGAUCAAAGGUUACCUGCAUAUAGAAUACUGUAUUUGCUAAUUGACAAUUGUAUCUCCUACAUUUUUUUUUGUUUGUUUCUCAUUUAUCCUUUUUGUUACUUUGCAAUUCAUGACACUACUGAUGUGUUUAAUUUCUCAUAUUACUACAUAUUUAGUAACAAUAUAAUUUUUAUUCUAAUUAGGAUUUAAUUUGUAGGGAUAUACAUAUAUAUUGGGUUUUGGCCACUAAAGGGAGUGGCAUUUAACUGAUCACCUGUCUUUAUUCUUCUAAAUUAGUCUGGUCCAUUUGAUUUGUAUACAUCUUCAUACUAAUAAACAUAUUCUUACAAAAGAAGUAUAGAGAAUUUGAGUGCACAUCAGAUACCUUUUUCGUGCAUGGCUAUUUGUUAUCUGUCUAUCUGUCUCUUAAGGUGUCUUAUUCAAAGAAGAUUGUUGAUCACCCUGAAAUUGUAGCAUUAUCUCCAAUGUAAUUAUACCACGAGGACGUGUCAACCAUUAUCAAGGUUGAUGCAUUCCCCGUGAAUUAUGAAUUAGUUGGGACUUUCACAAUACACUCACAUCCAUUUUGGAAUAUUUAAAGUUUUUUUUAUUUAUACGCAAAAUGUCAUUUUUUAUGAGAAUAAUAUAUCUUUUGGUCUUGUGUAGGUCGAGUCCACGAAGAAAUAGAUAAAGUGAUUGGGUCUAACAGAAUACCCUCCGUAGAAGACCAGCUGAACAUGCCCUAUACCAAUGCAGUAAUCCAUGAAACUCAGCGGUAUGGAAAUAUUCUGCCGAUGGCUCUGUUUCAUAUGACCUGUAAAGACACCAAAAUUCAAGGCUAUGAUAUACCCAAGGUAAGAGAACAUUCAUAAAACUAUUAGCAUGGACAGUUAUAAUGACCAGAAUUAUCUGACCACAUACAAACUUUGAGAGAUUAUCCAUAAAAUGUGUUGAGAUCACUUUUGUUUUCUGAUGUCCUUUCCUCAUUUUGUUCUUGGUUUUCUCAUAUUUGCUUAAAUAUAUUUCUUACUGUGCCUUUUCUUCUGCCCCAACCCCCAUUUAUUUUUUUAUUUUUUUUACCCCAUCUCUUUCUGGGGUCACAAAUUUGUCCCUCCCCAUAUAUGUGAUAAUAUAUAAGAACUCGUAUGCCCUGCUCCAAAGCUCCCCAGUCUUGUCAGUGCCUCUGUGCAAAGAUCCAGCCACAGAUAUAAAAGUUCCAAGAUGAAAGCAACAGGUACUUAAGUGUAUUUUUCACUCUUUGUCUUGAAAAAUGUCCAGUCAGAACUGAAUUUGGUUUUCAUGAAUUUGCAUCAAAUUUAAAUUGUAAAUCCUGAAGUGCGCUAAUCUUGGAACAUAUAUAAAUUCACACAAGCAUAAAAGUCUAUUCUUUCCAACUAUUUUUUUUAUAAGAUUGACAGGCUAUCUGUUACAGGCAAGCAGAUUUCACAUUUUUCUUUUUUUUUUUCAUUGUCAAUGUAUGAAAAAAAUAAUUUCCCACUGAAUAUGCACUUUUCCUUCUAAUUACUCUUUUGUCUUCUAAUUUUGUAAAUCUAUUUGAUUAUUUUUUUUCACUAACUUUGGUUGCAGUCCAUUCGCUUAUAAUGAGCAAAUCAUGAUAUACAAGGAAAAAGUCAUAAAAAGUGGCUAAAACAGAUUACUUUGUCGCCGAAAGGCAGAAAUAAAAAGCACUGAUGUAUAUAAGGUUUUAUUAGAAAAUGAAAUAUUUUUCACAGACUUGACAAUUUUUUUUGCAUUAUACAAAAAUGCAAUCCCACGAGAUUUCUGCUUCUAUGGCAAUAUGUUUUUUUUUUUUUUUUUUUACCUUAUAUUUAUUAUUCAUCCAAUAUUUCAAUUAAACGUUUUGGAAUUUUUUUUAUUUUUUUUCAAAUAAAAAUAACUUAAAGUUUAAUUUGACCAAAUUAAAACGCGUGAGUACUAACUCUCUACCAGACGUUCUACCAGAUUUGGAACUGUUGGAAGGUGUGAUCCAUCUGAAAAUGCUUGUUAAGCACAGAAGGCUAUAAACACCAGAAGUUAGACAGACAGCCACCAGGUGGCAGACAAAUAGAAACAAACAGCAGGGAUGGAACUCUCGGUUAUGUGAAGAUACAUUUUCAGUUUCAGAAUAUACUUGGUAUCCCAGUGCUAACCUUUAAAGGGGCUCAGGCAGUAACGAGUAUACAGCGAUAUACUUACAACAGCUUUAUGAAAAUGAGAAUAUUGUCAGAAAGUCAGGGAUUUUAAUUCAACUUGUUUUCAUUUUACAUUCUAGUACAUGAUUUACAGGUUAUCACUCUUACUUCAUUAGCAUAUAAAAAAUAAAUACAUUUGGAAUAUUUAUUAUAAGAAUUUUUAAUCCAUUUGCCAGUAAUUUUGUGAGUGGAGUAGAGGCGUGCUUUGGGUAUUUGGCAAGGCAAAGGAUGCACUCCCUUGACACUUCAUGUACAAGGUAGUAGUUAUCGUGCAAGGAAGCUAUAGAUUCCAAAGUGUAACCUAUUCUGACUGGUAUACUAUUGACUCAACCCCAUCACACUGUCUGUCCAAUUCCACACACAUACUCUGUUUAUUGCCCCAUUUUUCUGUCUGUACUUAACCCAUUCUUGAUCUGUUCCUUACACCAUUAUCAGUCUGUCCACUCCAACCCCCGUAUUCUGUCUAUUCUCUGUUUGUCCACAUCCCUGUGUUUAGCAUAAUUUCCAGUAUAUUGACACCAGUGGUAAGUGAAGGUUGCACACAAUACAAUCCUUGUUUGGGUACAGAAAAUUAUCGGAGCCUCUCAUUUAAUGAAGAUUCCCUAGAAAUAAGAAUUCCCUAGAAAUCCAUUUGCCAGUAAUUUUGUGAGUGGAGUAGAGGCGUGCUUUGGGUAUUUGGCAAGGCAAAGGUUGCACCCCCUUGACACUUCAUGUACUAGGUAGUAGUUAUGGUGCAAGGAAGCUAUAGAUUCCAAAGUGUAACCUAUUCUGACUGGUAUGCUAUUGACUCAACCCCAUCACACUGUCUGUCCAAGUCCACACACAUACUCUGUUUAUUGCCCCAUUUUUCUGUCUGUACUUAACCCAUUCUUGAUGUGUUCCUUACACCAUUAUCAGUCUGUCCACUCCAACCCCCGUAUUCUGUCUAUUCUCUGUUUGUCCACAUCCCUGUGUUUAGCAUAUCUACCCCCAUUCUCUCCGUUCCCUUUAUAUUCUCUGUAUGUUCACCCCCCUUUCUGUCUUGUGAAUCUUUCCUACUUUAAUUUUAGUGUGGCUCUGCAGUACAAAAGUAGAGAGCAUUCAUGUUCCCCUGCCCAGCAUCUCAUUUUGGAGCACAGCAUGAUCGGUAAGUGAAGAAAGGUUGGAUAUGACUUUAAGCACUCACUGCAGAUUGUGAUGUGUGAGCCACAGACAGACUGGGCAAGGUGGGCCAUAACUUGCUGUCCUACAAAUUAAUUCAGUUAUUUCUUUCACUGAUAAUUUCCAGUAUAUUGACACCAGUGGUAAGUGAAGGUUGCACACAAUACAAUCCUUGUUUGGGUACAGAAAAUUAUCGGAGCCUCUCAUUUAAUGAAGAUUCCCUAGAAAUAAGAACUUUUCAAGCCCCUGGAGAAAAUAUCACUACAAUGCUGGUUGAAUAGUAGUCAUCUUUCAACACAUAAGAGAAAAUUAUGGUUUUUUUUUUUUCGUUUUUUUUGUCUGUUUGUUUAGGGUACUACAAUAAUACCCAAUCUGAUGUCCGUGUUAAAGGAUGAGACGGUCUGGGAGAAGCCAUAUCAGUUUUAUCCAGAACAUUUCUUGAAUGCCCAAGGAAAUUUCAUGAAAAGAGAAUCAUUUAUUCCAUUUUCUGCUGGUACGAUGCUUUUUCAUUGAUUUUUAGAUUUAUGUAAACGUCAUACCGUUCUGUUUAUGCUACUAAAGGACACUUAUUGUGUCUUGUGUCUUCUUGUUACACUGUAUUACACACUUUUAAAUGAAGUGUCAGCCUUUCUAACAUACAGUUUGCGAGUGACCUUACAAAUUUUACCAUCAUAUUAUAUUUAGAAAGAAAUGUUUUGUUUUUUGUUGUGUUUUAUGUACAGUGUUGGUGAAUAAAACACCUUGUUCAGAAUAUAUUGGUGUGGUAUCGAUGGUGGCCUAGGAAUGGAGCAGUAGAAUGAGGCCCAUGGCAAAUUGGCUAUAUCUUUUCUGCUUUCUCUUGGCAUACUUCACCAUGCAACAGAGAUGCCAAGGUUAUGCUGACAGAUGAUCACUGUAGCUGUUUCUCAGAUAUUGCUUGCAAGAAUUAUGCGGGGGAAAGGCCACCAAAUUGCCUAUGGCAAAGCUCUCCAUCCUCCAAACUUGAUCAGCAAAGCAAAGAUCUCCAAAGAUCUAUGGCACACAUAGCCCAGUUGCUGCACCCUUGAUUUAAUACUGAUGCUUAUGAAAUAUGAAGAUAUCAGAAGGGUGUCGAUAAACCCAAAAAUGCUGGGGGUGGUACUUUCUGUGUUGUGAUAUUCCCUUAAAAUAAAUUAGUGAUAGUUAGACAAUUGUUUCACUACAACUCGAAAGUACCUGUGCUCAGUCAAACAGUGUAGUUCAUCAGUUGAGGAGCUUUCUAUCUGUUGCUAACCCCCUUUCUGACGAAGUAUACUGAAAUACUAAUUCUACUGCUUUCUUGUCCAUUCUAACAGGUCGGCGUAUUUGCCUUGGAGAGCAUUUGGCAAAAAUGGAACUAUUUGUCUUCUUUACUUCCCUUCUCCAAAGAUUUGAAUUCUGCAUCCCCCCAAAGCAGCCAUCUCCUCGGGAUGACCCAGUGUUUACAUUUAAUUUCAGCCCCCAGCAAUUUCAACUCUGUGCCCAUGAACGAUGACUGCAGAGUGAAUUAGGGCACUGCAUUGUCAGACUGUGUUAACACUAAGAUUACAUUCAAAAUGAUUUAACUUGAUUGCAAAAAGUAUGUUAGGGGAAGGGGUUACAAAAAAAUGCUUAAAGCUGUAGGACUCAAAUUAUGUAUUACUUUAGGCUAUAAAAAAAUAAUAAUUUUUAAUAAUUUUGCAUGAACAUGGGUAUUUUAAUCACUUCACGGUGGCUCUACUAGUGUUUAUUAUAUGAUAUAUAUAAAACAAAUACUGCACACAUUACAAAUGAAAUAUUCACACAUAUAGUUAUAUUUUUGUGCAUGUUUUCCUUGAGAUUUAAUAAAAGUAAAAUUAAUUAGAUCCUUUGAGCUACUGUUUUGUAGAAAUUUACUUUACAUGGAUUUUUGCUAGGACAGAAUAAUUUGUAUGACUCUAUGGUCUGUAAAUGAUCUUUACUUCAAGAAAUAAAAAUAGCCAACUACAACUAGCACCCAGCAGGUACUUCUGUAGCCUCUGUCAUAACAGUAAAGUGGAAAUGUCUAACCAAUGGGGUACAAUACAUUUGCGACCUGAAGUAAGCUUUGUAAAGCCCAUGGAUGGCUAUUAGUCUACAAUCCAAAGGUGGUAAUAAAUCGUAUUCGCUGCAUGCAGAACAGUGUUUGUAUAAUCCUAGACAAGACUUAAAUCCUAAACUAAGGUGUGUCCUACUCACUCCAGUGGGGUAUUUAGGGGGCAAUAAUAACUUUUUAGAUUUUAAAAUCGUGAAACUCCAAUUUUCUCUCACUCCAGGAAAUGUAUUUACUGGAGUAACUAGUGCUGCAGGGGUAAGCAGGAAAACAUAAUUCGUAAUACUUUGUGGCAUUAAACAUGCAGACACUACCCACUUGCACUCCCAAUAUCACCUGCAGUGCUUGGCAUCCAAAUAGCACUUAGAUUGAUUACCCUGGUGGUGGAAGUGUGUGUUAAUGCUUCAUGCUGCAGAACCAGUCUCCCUGCUCCUACACUACACAAUCAGUUUAAUACAGAGCGCAGUAUGUGUGAACCCUGCAUCCUGUAUUACACAGCCUAUCUGUCUGCAUGCAGGGAUAUCACAGCCUGCACUGACCCGCAUCCUGAAAUACCCCACAUGGUGUUAGAAUUCACACAAAUAAGCUGGGACCUGUAUGUAUAUUUUUGUAUAUUUUUUCACUCUCGGGUUUUACAAUUCCACUCAAUGAUAAGGGUGAAAAGAGGAAAGAAAAGUAGCACAUAUGCUACUGCUAGCUGAGAAGAACUCUCUUCUCUAAGUAACAGGUGUAAGGGUUAUCUUGGUAACUCAAAACUAAAUUAAGACAACAAGCACACUUAGCUGCAGCUGCCUAGCUGAUAUGCCUAUGCCAAUAGGAAAGUGGAGCUACACGGUUUGGGAUUUACCCCAUUUCACUGCAGGAACCUGCAUUAUGAAGGACUUUUAACACCUAUAAAGUCUGGUUGCAUGGACUGCGCAUUUAAUACAUCUGUGUCACUGGCUCAGAUAGGUCUGUUUGCUUCCUGUGUUUACUUUAAUUGCAGUUCAUCUAAGCAACAUAAUAAUAUGGAGGAUUUAUCAAAGUGUACUGUUUGAAAACGUGGUGCAAAAAAUGUAAAAGGGAGGAGUCAUCAGUGAAAUGCACCGGCUGGUUCCAAUGGUUUCCAUGGUGAUUGUCCCAAUUUUGCUACUUUUUAGGACACUUUGAUAACUAUGUCCCAGGGUCUCAGUCUACAUACUAAGGGCCAUAUAUAUAUAUUUUGGAAAGACGAAUGAUAUUCUGGAGCAGGAUGCUAAAGAGAAAUAAGUUACCAUGGAAACCUAUAGAAUGCAUUUCAAACAUUUAACCUUUAGCAAUUUAGGCAUGAAUAGCAAUGGUGUAAAUAUGUUAAAAAUACAGGAGCUCCAAUACACUCGGAAUUGAAACUUUAAACUGAAUCUUUGGGUCCUUUAUCUGAAACCUGAACAGAAGUGGGAGGGGGUUCAGCUAGUAAAGGAGACCCUGGAAUAAGUAAGGUACAACUUACAUCCUCACAACAAACAUAUCAGUAUGUAAUGCCUUUAACCCAGUUCAAGGCUAGUGCUUGGGCAUUCCCUAUUCAGUGGGGACACUGCCAAAAUGGAAUUGAUAGUAUGCAUUGCAGAUUGGGCUGAGCCCCACAGUUACACGUGCAAUACAUUAAUGUAAAUUUGAAAAGCUGUCCAAAAUGAUUAAAUUGAGGCCAACAUUUUUCAACUUACAUUUACAAAAGUUUAAAUAUCAGUUGAUGCACCAAUUAUGGUAGUGGUUUUCAAUGAUUGUGUGGAUAUCUGGGUGCCACCUCAAACUGUGCUACAAAGAACUUGCCUUCAAGGCUGUGGUAUGUGGCCUGUGGUAUGUUGAUUGCAGUCCUUAAAUAAUUUAUAAUACGUGUCUGCAUUUAACUUGGAUAUCCCAUCUGGUAAUUAAAAUAUUUAUUUGGCCACAGGUGUGUAAGCCUUUUAGUAAAUGUGACAUUUCUUUUCAUGUACAAAGGGAGAAUUUAAAAUUUUUUUUUAUUAAUGGUACUUUUAUAUAGUAUUGGAGGAAAAAAACCCCCAGACAUUUCACACUUAAUAAUUAUCUAAAGUAUGAUGAUGCAAAUAUAUUUUAAGGUUCAUAUGCACUAACAAAUGAGGGGAGGGGGUGGGAGCCUGUUUUUCUCUUUACAGUGAUGGUAUAAAUUAUAUUACUGCUAUUUUUAUG